CCAUCAACAACAGACGGUGUGCAAAAGAAGUGCUUCUGGCACGAACAUAGAUGGAAUAUAGCUGUUUUAUUUGAACAGCUGAAUGCAACUCAGUGUCUAAAUCUUGUCCUUCUGUCAUUUCUCUCAUGAGGAGCCAGAGCUGACCUUUUCUUAGGAUGGAAGUGGCCCUCUCUGCCCCGCAGAUACUUUCAGAGCCCCUCAGGAGGAGGACUCCCCAGCCUCUGAGCCAGCUGGUGGAGGACAGCAGGAGCAGAACCAAACUUCCCAAUCAUCUACUGGAAUCAAAAAUCUAUGCCAAACUGAAAAGCAACAGCCUGAUUGAAGCAGAGCCCCCUGUGCUCCACUUCAGUGGGUUUGAGCUGGGGAAGGAUUACAUAAAGGUCCUGAAACUAAUCAACAUCUCAUCUGAGGUAAUGAAUAUUCAUAUCAUUCCCACCCAAACCAAGCACUUCCAAACAACUUACACCAAAAAGUACCGCCUCAUCCCAGGCCUCGCAUACACACUUAAGGUCAGAUUCUGUCCCGACGAGUGGCGGUACUUCUAUGACUGCGUACGGGUUCACUGCAAGGGGGAAGAGAACCUGUUAAUUCCAGUUCAUGCUUACCCUGUCAUCGAUGACCUGCACAUCCCUCCUCAUAUCGACCUAUCGUCCGUACCACUUGGACAAAGUGUUUGCCGUGCUAUUCCUCUGAGAUGCAGCUGUCCCAUUGACUUUGAGUUUCAGGUGUAUGUUAUUGAGCCCCAUGAGGCCUUCUCCAUCCACCCUCUUACAGGUGUGAUACCAGCCAAUGGUGAAGUGAAGAUCGUUGUGACCUUUAGUCCAUCCCAAUAUGAGACUUCUCAGGUCACCAUCCAGCUGAUCAUCUCACAGUUCAAUACCAAACCCUACCUCUGUACCAUCACUGGGAGCUCUGCCCCUCACCUUGCCCUGAGUGAGCUGGGCAGAAAGUCGUGUUAUGACGCAGUGCCUGCAGAACACAAAGGACCUUCUCCUGCCACCCAAGUGCCUGCUCGAAGUAAAACCAAAUACAAGUCACCCAAGGCAUCUGACAAAUCAAAGACAUUGAAAGAUAAGGAUAGUAUUAAGCCUGGACUGAAGCCUCCGGCAGAUGUGUGUACCCCUGCAGGGGUGGCAAAGAUGCUGAUCAAAGACCCCAAUAAACUCUGCUCUAAAGACCUGAGGGAAGCCAUAUCUUGUGGCAGUAUUCUUGGUUUGCAAAACGGGCAGAUGAAGGAGGCCCUCUUCAUAAAAAAAGUUCAACAAAAUGUGAAGGAAGAGCAAGCCAACCACCUGAGAUGGCAAGUCCAUCUUGGUAAGGACCCCGUGACAGAAGACACCAGGAGGCAGAUAGCUGAGGAGAGAGAGAUUGCACUACAUGAAUACAUGGUAAAAAGGGGAGAUGUAAGGCAUGAGGAGGACUUUGCUGCUGGACAACCUAAACUUUCCUCCAGACGAGUGCUUUGUGAAGCAGGACAGGCCUGCAAGGGAGCCCCAUCCUUCCAGUUUUACUCCAGUUUUCCGUGGGAACUGAGACAGAGAGCCCUCAGACUGUUCCAGCAGGCAGCACGCAAGGUGGUGAUCCGAUGUCGCAUGAACCGGAGACUGACCUGUUUGAAGAAACUGUCAGACAGUAUAAACAACUUGCCCUCGGCAAAGACAGAGGAGACGACUUGUGAUCUGAUGAUCUCGCCGGAUAGAGUCUUUCCCUUUGCUUUCCCCAUUUUCUCUGAUGAAGAUGACCCGCUGGCUCUCAGUGAUUUAGCUCCAGUGCCCGUGGAUCCUAUCGAUGUGACUGUGACAGCUCAUAUUCCUUUCUUCAAGCUUGAAGUUCCUCAGCACUAUAAGCUAAUGGGUUACCGACCUGUGUCAGCCUGGGAGGCAUUUAACUCUUAUAUACCCACUACUUUGGCCAGACCACUUCGCACUAGAGCUCCGGACGAGCUGGUGCCCAGUGAGGUGGAGAGAAAGCAGCAUGGACAUGAAGAGGAGAAUAUGGAAGCAAAGGAGGCUGCCAGUCUCACCUUCAGCGCCCCUGAAGCUCUGCUCAGACCUUUUCCUGCAAACCCACUCAGAAUCUUUAACCCAGCUCCAGGCCUGCAGGCUUACAAACCGACCCCUAAAUACCUGGAGAGUGAUCUGGAGUUCCACCUCUGCCCCCUGUCCAGGUAUACAGCCCCUGAGAGCAACAUGUGUGGCAUAAGGACCCCACACACACAGAGGAAGUUUCUGGACCGCAAGGAGGUGAUCACAGGGCUCAUGACGUGGAAAAACUUUGAUUUGAUUACCUCAAACUGUUUGUCCAACCAACCUCCUCUCACGAGUGACUGUGCACUGCGCAGGUCUGUCGACUACAGCACAGAUAUACUUCCACUCACAGCACCUCCUCCUCUCACUGGCCCUCCUGAUGAUCUGGCACCACUAAUGGAUAAAGUGUGUGAAGGCUCAGGAGUCCAGCUUACACCAGCGAUGAUCAGAGCAGAGUUCUUGUCUGGGAAAACUCUGGCCUCCAGUGGCAACCUCACCAGAGGAACAACAGCCAGGCACCAGAGGGAGCUUCAGAUGGAGGCGACCUACAGGUCUGAGUUCAAUCAGAUGGGAAAAAGAGUGAUGACCAGGCUGAAGCAACUUGGAUUCCCUGACAAAACAUCUCAUUCACCAGGAGACGACUGUGAAUAGUCAAACCGCCCAAACACACUUCCAGAAACACACAAAAACAGGGUCUGUGCACACAUAUACACACACUGACGCAUAAAUAGUCCCAAUCGCAGGACUACAACUAAGCAUUAUACCCAUCCUACUCGCCCAUAAAAGACUCUACAUUGUCUGCCCUGCCACUGUAAAAUAAAACCUGGUUACUUUCUCACCCACCUAUAAGCCUCCCUCCCACCCACUCAAAAUUACCAGUAAGCUCCACUCCUAUGCUCCUACAAAGCCUUGAAAUUCGUUCUCCCUCCACCCACGCAGAUCCACACAUAAUCACAGCUACAGUAUAUUCUAACAAGGUACAUCACAUUACUGACAACUGCAUCCAGUUCAAAAUAAUAGAUGCGUUUUUAUACUGUAGUUUAUGGUGUUGAUGCCAGUGAGCAACACACAGCGCUUUUUACUAUUAUACAGUAGUGUCAAACUACCUUUGGUGACAGUUUUAUAUGAUUGACCCUUUUUGAUUGAAAUGUCAUUUACAUGCUUUCCAUUGCUAUGACGGGGAGUCUUGAUUGCUGUUUUACAAGAUAUUUCUGUUGUCAGAAAUGUAUUUUGGUGUCAACCAGGUCAAAAAAAGUAAAAGUAAAGUAGUAAGUUCUUCUCA